UAGUGCAUAUCCCGAAAAAAAGAUGAAGUUAAUGUUGGCCGCCCUCCUGGCAGUGGCUCUAAGCCAGGCCGCCGGAGAAAAACUCCGUUUCGACAACCACACCCUUUACAGGGUGGUCCCGAAAACCAGGGAAAUGGUAGAACUCCUCUAUAAUUUGCAGGAAGACGCUUUUAAUUCCGGAUAUAAUUUUUUCAGCGAGGUUGCUGCGGAGGGUGUCCCGGUGGACAUCUUGGUCCCGCCCAAGCAAGCCGAACAGUUUAAAUCGUCCAUUUUAAAUCAGGCCGAUGUGGAGUCGGUUUUGAUGAACGAAAACAUCCAGGAGGCGAUAGAUAAUGAAGGAUUCAGGCCGGAGGCUAUGGCCAAUACUUUUGGGUGGACCAGCUAUCACACUCUCGAUGAGAUUAAUGCAUGGUUGAGAGACGUGGCCUUCAACUAUGACGACAAAGUGACCUUGAUACGCGGAGGGCGAACGUUCCAAGGUCGCGAUAUCCUCGGAGUUAAAGUGUCCUUCUCGCCGGCGAAUGCCCGGCAAUCCAUCUUUAUCGAGGCCAACAUACAUGCGAGGGAAUGGGUUACUUCCGCCACGGCCACUUGGAUCCUUAACCAGCUGCUAGUAAGUCAGGACAGGAAUGUACGGCUGCUGGCGGAGUCUUAUGAUUGGUACAUUUUCCCGGUGGCCAACCCUGAUGGUUUUGUGCAUUCCCAUACUAACAACCGUAUGUGGAGAAAGACCCGUACCCCUUACAGUGUCCUCUGUUUCGGUGCCGACCCGAACCGUAACUGGCCUUACCAAUGGAUGACCGGAGGAGCCUCAAAUCAGCCCUGCUCGGACACUUACGCCGGCCCCACGUCCUUAUCCGAACCCUCCACUUCCUCAUUGGCCGACUUCAUCGACUCCGUAGGCGAAAACUUGGUGGGCUACAUCAGUUUCCACUCGUUCUCUCAAAUGUUGUUGCUACCUUACGGACACACCACCGCCCACUUAGAUAAUUAUGCCGAAAUGAUGCAAAUCGGAAGGAAGGCCAUUCAAGACUUGUCCAGGAGAUACGGUACCCAAUAUGUGGUGGGCAACAUUGCCGAGACUAUUUAUGUCGCCUCUGGUGGGAGUAUGGACUGGGUAAAACAUAAAUUCGGAACGCCGGUGGCCUACACGUAUGAGCUGCGCGAUAGGGGCCAAAACGGCUUUUUACUGCCUGCCAAUCAAAUUAUCCCCACCGCGGAGGAGACCCUGGACUCUUUGGUGUCCAUUUUUGAGUCCUACAGGCAAUUGCAUCCCAGAAAUUAGUGAUGCCCGAAGUGGUGAUGUUUAAAAAAAACAAUUUGAAAUAAAAUGUUCGUUGAAAUAUA